UUUACAAUUCAAAGAAAGAAUUAAGUAAUAAAAUGGAGCAAUUGUCGGGUGUUAUGAUCAUCAUCAUAAUCGGGGGUGGAGUUUUGACUUUCGUAAUGUUGUUUAUAUUUGCCAAAAGGCAAAUAAUGAGAUUUACAUUGAGAAGUCGAAGAGGACCUCACAUGCCCAUAGGCAAUGAUGCCAAAAAAGCUUUAAGAAAGGAAAUUGAGCGUCGCUUAGAUUGCAUACAAAAAAUAGUGCAGGAGCCCAAACUGCUAUGGACGGAUGAUAAAUACAUCCUGCAGCCUGACAAAACACUUGCACCCUAUCAUUAUCGUAUGCAAGCUGUAGAUGACGUUAAAAUAUUGGAACAAGAAAUCUUUAAAAGUGAUGGCUCUGCUCGCCACCCCUACGAUAGUUUAAGGGCCUUUCUAUUGACAACUUUGUCAGCUACGCUGAAUGUGGCCAGUCAACGUACGAUUCAUCAAUUUUGUGAUAUGUACGAGCACGCCCGUCAUGAUCCCAAUGAAUUUGGCAGCGACGAAUACGAAUCAUUUCAUUGCAUGCUGCUAAAGUUAAUUGAAGCAGCCAAACAAUUGAGAUCGUUCAAUUCGCGUAAAACUUCACCGGCUCGCACCCCCAAGAAAACGAAUAAAAUUCCAUCGCUAUUAGAUCCAUCACGUUUAAAACCACCCCCAGCCACUAUGAGCGGACGCCUGACAACUUGUCAUUUGCAACCGUCUAACGACUUGACGCCAGGGCAACAUUCAAAAGUUAAUUUAACUUUGGGCUUACAAGGACGCGACAGUUUGGACAGUUGUGAAAUAGUUACCAACCCUUUACACUUGCAAACUCCCGCAGAACGCGACAUCAUUAUAAGGAAUCGCAUAAAAACGCCAACUUUGGAUGACAUACCAGUUAGAGAGGAAGAAGACGAUACAACCAUCGAAGCCGAUGACGAAGAGAUUAUUAGUGUUUCUUCUGUACAGUUUAAUUGCAUGAAACCUUCCAGUCGAGUUUGAAGUAAAUACAAAAAC